UGAGAACGUACUCAGCUGAGUUGAUUUUAUUGCAAUAGAUUAAAAUGUCUGCUUUGUAUUUUAUUGCUGUGUUAGCCGUCAACUUAUUUCUGUCGUUUGGCCUUAAAGUUGAUAUGACCAGAGAACACUUUUACCAUGGGAAAAGUUUAUUUUGUGCACAACUCCAGUGUACAGAAAACAUAACAGAAGACACUCAGAUGUCAGCUCUUGUCAACAUGUCAGUCUAUAGGAUCAGUGAAUCUGAAGGGAAGAUUUUGUUGGCGUCUAUUUCAGGAUCUGAUUCAAAGGUUCGCGAUUAUAAAAUAUCUGGGAUAUUAUCUGAGGGCAAACUUUCCAAACAUCACGGAGAACUGGUCUUGUCUUUCUCCUAUACUUCAGCCUGUAAUUUACACCAGUAUAAAUGUCAAGUAUAUUUUACCAAUAAGACAGGAGACACUGGAAUGCUAGAGAACAGAACAACGUCUUACAAAAGAGAGAAAAUAAAGAAAUCUGUUUUGCUGAUGAAUUUGAAAGCUGAAACUUUGAACUACGUGAAAACUGUGGACACAAUGGCAGAUUUUCUGAAAUCGUUUGAAGAUCCAGAAAAACUAAAAGGUGCAGACAUGUCAAUGUCCUUACAGAUGUCACAUUCAGCUAGAGAUGGGUACAGUGACGACAAGGCUCCGAUUCCAUCAUCUACAGAGUUAAACAACAGUAACGAACACAUUAGCUCUACUAAUACUGUAGAUGUGCUUGGUGCCAAGAUAAAUAACAUCACAGAACAAAUGAAAACAGUGAAUAACAAAGUUGAAGCAAUAGAAAUGAAAGUCAACGAUACCAUUACAAGAAACGACCAAAUGAACCAAUUGGUAGAGGCUGUAAAUAUAACUUUACAAGAGAUUAAAAUCGACUUAGACACUCAUCCUAUGAUAGUACGGCUAACACGUCAGUGCAACAAGGAUGGCAAAACAAAUCUGAUGGAUCGAAUCAUCAUAAUACUUGAUAAAGGAAAAGAGGCUUUGUGUGACACAAAAACUGAUGGUGGAGGCUGGAUCAUCAUACAGAGACGUAUUUUGGGAGACGUCAAUUUUACCAGAGAUUGGAACGCCUAUAAACAUGGAUUUGGUUCAAUGGCUGGAGACUUCUGGCUUGGGAAUGACUGGAUCUCUAACCUGACCAUGAUGGGCUACAAUAAACUGAGAAUCGACAUGACUCAAAAAGGUAAACAGUACUACGCCCAUUUUGGUUAUUUCAAGGUAGAAAAUGAAGCAGCGUCGUAUAGAAUGAGCUUGUCGUCAUUCAGUGGAAACUUUCAAAACAAUAACGGCCUUAGCUACGUUAAUGGUAUGAAGUUUUCUACACUGGACAGAGACAACGAUGCGUACAGCGAAGAUUGUGCUGCAUUGUGUAAAGGUGGUUGGUGGUAUAGAGACUGUCAGUAUGUGAACUUAAAUGGCAUCUGGGGAAUAACAGACCGUAAUCGAGGAAUAAACUGGUAUCUGAUAUCAAGUGAUGGAGAAACUUUGGACUCAGUUGAGAUGAAAGUACGCAUAGUCUGAACUAUUUAAAAUGCAUGAUGUUGUAUACUAUUCUUAUUCAUAAAUUGUAUAGCAUCAAGUAAACAUUUGGUGGACAUGAACAUGUAACAAUUUUACAGAAAUUAAAAAACGCAAGUGUUAACGCAAAAGUUGAACACAACAAAGUUGGAAAAGAAACUGAUAAAACACUAAAGACUACUAGCUGAAAGCUAACUUAUAAUUAUCACCACACAACAAGUAUAAAAACAGUAAAAAUAAUGCACUGCUAUAAUAAUGGUAUAAAGUUUUCUACCAACGAUAAAGGCUUAUAUAACAGCAGAAAUUG